AUGGAGCUCGCCGUCAGCGCCGCGAGCUGGGCGGUGGGCAAAGCGCUGGCCCCCGUCACGGGCGGCUUGCUGGAGGCGUGGGCGGCCAGCGAAGGGCUCGGCCCCAAUGUCGACGCCCUCAAGGUGGAGCUGCUGGAGAUCGGCAGCCCUUCGCUCAAGGAGCUGCUGAGCAAGCUGCGUCAGCUGGCGUACGACGCCGACGACGUGCUGGAUGAGCUGGAGUACUUCCGCAUCCAGGACGAGCUCGACGGCACCUACCAUGCCGCCGAUGCGCACGCCGGGGGUUGCGUCCACGGCCUCGCCCUCAACGCUCGAGACACUAUCGCUGCUAAGCUCAACCUCUGCUCCGGCGGCUCUGCUGGUGACGUGAUCCUUGCCGGUGAUCCUGCUCUGCAAGAUAAAAACGCGAAACAAGGAUGUCUCUCUGCUAGCGUCUGCUCAUGUGGCGGCCGGCAGACGGUCAGCUCCUUACCGCCAUCUCCUACCAACCAGGAUGAUGGCCAGGAGGCUGCACCACGUGAGACGAGCUCGUCACCACCAGCACCCAGCAACCAGUGCGAAAAGAAGGUUGGCGGUGGAUAUGGAUGCCCGCUCAAAGUCACUUCUACUGCUCGCAGCGCUGCCCAAGUCGUUGGUAAAUGCUUUCCAUGCUGCUCUUUUCCAUCUAACGGCGACGAUAAUACUCACCCUGGCAUGUUGGAGAAAACAAACAUGCCAGAGGAUCAAAGGAGAUUUCUCUGCUGGACGUCCAAGGUACAAAAGGGAAAAAACACUGCACUACCACCAGAACUGAAGUUUAACAGGGUGGACAUCUCUACAAAGAUGAAGGACAUCAUAGAGCAUCUCAAGCCUAUAUGUGCUAAGGUCUCCAACAUUCUGAACCUAGAAUUCAUGGGUACAAACCGUAUCACUGAAAAAGACAUUGCUAAGAAACGGCCUAUAACCACCCCAGAAACUACGGAACCUCAAUUAUAUGGGGAGGAGCAACAAAAGAAAAUAAUACUUGACAUUGCCCAUGGUAACUCUUCUGCUGAUAAUGAACUAGUUGUGCUUCCGAUUGUUGGUCCUGGAGGAAUUGGGAAGACAACUUUUACACAGCACGUAUAUGAAGAACUGAAUAACAACCUUUUUGAGGUCGCAAUUUGGAUAUGUGUCUCCCUCAAUUUUAAUGCUGGUAGGUUGGCCCAAGAAGCCGUGAAAAAAGUUCCUAAAGUUGUUAAUGAAAAAGAAAACAGCAGUGCCAAGAGCUAA